AAAAUUUAUAAAGAUAUUUCGUAUUUAACUCGAAACCUUUGAUCAUGGAAAAAAAACUUUGUAUCAUCUCAUCUCACCUUCUAAAGUCACAGAUCUUUUUUUAUUAAUAUCAAGUGUACUCUGCCAUUGCUCUCUCUCUAUUCAUGCAUUUAUAUGCAUAAUCAUUUCAUUCUCUCCCAUAUAUUUCCUCCACUUCUCUCUACUUCCUCCUAUGGCCCUCUUCCUCUUACUUCUUCUCAGUGUUUUGAUCCCUUCUUCAAGCUUUGCUCAAUGGCCACCUUCUCCUGGCUACUGGCCAAGUUCUAGGUUCAGAUCAAUGAGCUUUUAUCAAGGGUAUAGAAAUCUCUGGGGUUACACACAUCAAAGAGUAGACCAAAAUGCAUUAACAAUCUGGCUAGAUAGCACCUCAGGAAGUGGAUUCAAAUCUGUUAAAGCAUUUCGAUCUGGGUACUUUGGUGCCUCCAUUAAGCUCCAACCUGGUUACACUGCUGGAGUUAUCACAGCUUUUUAUCUUUCAAACAAUGAAGCUCAUCCAGGGUUCCAUGAUGAAGUGGACAUAGAAUUCCUUGGCACAACAUUUGGGAAACCCUAUACAUUGCAGACCAAUGUUUACAUAAGAGGAAGUGGAGAUGGAAAAAUCAUUGGAAGAGAAAUGAAGUUUCAUUUAUGGUUUGAUCCUACACAAGAUUUUCACCAUUAUGCCAUUCUUUGGAGUCCCAAGGAGAUAAUAUUCCUUGUUGAUGAUGUGCCAAUAAGGAGGUACCCUAAGAAGAGUGAUGAAACUUUUCCAAUGAGGCCAAUGUGGAUUUAUGGUUCAAUAUGGGAUGCCUCUUCUUGGGCUACUGAAGAUGGAAAAUAUAAAGCAGAUUAUAGAUACCAACCAUUUGUUGCAAGGUACACCAAUUUCAAAGCAGCUGGCUGCUCAGCCUAUUCACCUGCCUGGUGCCGCCCAGUCUCCGCCUCUCCCUCCUGGUCCGGCGGACUUUCAAGGCAGCAAUAUAGAGCCAUGAGAUGGGUUCAAACUCGCAAUAUGGUGUAUAACUAUUGCAAAGACUCCAAGAGAGACCAUUCUUUAACACCCGAGUGUCGGCGUUAAAAGUGAAAACAUGGAACACUAACUUGUUCCAUGCGUAGAGAAUCAUUCAUAAAGGAAAAGAAAUUUUACUUGUCUAGUGAUUUCUUUUCUUUUCUUUUUUGUCCUGUGUCCUUUCAUUUAUGAAGGUGUCUUGAGAUAAGUCCUAGUUACAUCCUACAUGCAAGAAUUAUCAUGCAGCAAAGGUAGUUUGAUUCCAAAUAAAACAAAUGAUUUUUUUAUUUAAUUAUGUACUAAUUUAUAUAUAUAAUGUUUUUACAAUUACUUUUAGUAAAAAAGCAGUGGGCUUAGGCAACAAUUAUGCAGAAGGCAGAGGGGCCAUAAUGCCAAAUAAAACAAAAUGGGGUGGUUGGUGGGCAAUUGAAAAGUGUAGAAUGUUUCCAAACACAAGUAUUUUGUUUUGAAUC